UCCAGCUCCGGAGCCACGAGCUCACUUGGCAAUGGCGAGCAAGCAGCAGCUGGUACAGGAGGCGACGCAGGAGGAGGAGUACAUCGACAUGGACCUGACGAGCGCGGCGUCGGCGGCGGCGGCGCCGGGCGAGUUCGAGUUCCACUUCCACAUGUCGGGGCCGCUGGGCCGCGGGUGGGAGCAGGAGUCGCUGGCGUCGCCGGCGGACGAGCUGUUCUACAAGGGGAAGCUGCUGCCGCUGCACCUGCCGCCGCGGAUACAGAUGGUCGAGGAGCUGCUCGACGGCCGCGUCGGCGUCGGCGUCGGCGGCGGAGGAAGGGGCGGGCGGCGGGCCCUUGGCAUAAGCACGGCGCCGGCGACGCCGUACGAUUCGUGCACCGCGUCGCCGGCGAACUCGUGCUACGCCAGCGGGGAGCUCAACGUGGAGGAGUACUUCCAGGAGUACGCGGCAAGGCUGGCCGACGCCGCCGCCGCGGCCUGCGAGAAGAAGCCGUGGUCCAGGAAGCUGAGGUUCAUGAGGCAGCUCAACCUCGGGCACAAGCUCAAGGCGUCGAAAGCUUACAUCAAGACGAUCUUCGCCGCCAAACCGGGGAGCUCCGGCGACGACAAGGGCGCCGUUCUUGGUGGAGCGACGAGAGAAGCUAAAGAGCUCUCCCAUGUCAAUGGCCAUGGCCACCACCACCACAGGGCGUGGAGGAGGAACCCGUUUGGCCAGACGAGAAGCAACAGGUGCAUCGCCUCACAGAGCGCUGCCGCCGCCGCCGCCGGCGGCGGCGGAGUAGGGAAGCCCAGAGAACGCGAGCACGGCCACAGGAGGUCCUUCUCCAGCGUCAUCGUCCGUUACUCGGCGUCGAACAAGACGUCCCCUUCGCCGCCGCCGUCGUGCUCCUCCUCGUCGUCCUCGUCCUCGUCGAAAUCCUUCACCUCCUCCUCCUCGGUGCGGAGCUCGAGCGACUCCGACGGCGGCGCCGCGCCGGCGCUGCGGAGGAGCAGCAGCGCGAGCUCGGAGGUGGAGAACCCCAUCCAGGGGCUGAUCGCCUACUGCAAGAAGUCGCAGCAGCUGGCGUCGGUGAGGAAGAGCGCCAGCGACGCCGGGUUCCGGUUCCUCUCGUCGGCGGCGUCCAAGAUCGCCGCGGAAUCCGACGGCCUUGAGGAGCUCGUCGAGAUUUGCAGAGCGUGAGUGUGAUGAAUGUACAAUGACGCGAUGGAUUUCUGAAAGUUUUGUAAAACUGAAAAAGAAAAAAAAAACGUGUUUCUGAACACCCUGUGUCAUGAUGAGCUUGUUCAAUCAAAUGAAUGGCCUCUGAACUUUUCGUCGUAGAUCAUCUUCAGAAUUCAGCAAUCAGUCUAUUAUCCGAUCAUGAUGCAGAUAG